CUUUUUGCAAGAUCUGAUUCUGGAGCUGUGGCUGAUUGCAAUGGGAAGCAGCGUUGGGGAGAACAAAGUUUGCAACAUUUGGGCACUUGACUACUGGUCUCCUUCAUGCCCAUGGGAACGACCGAUUGCUAAACAGAGCAGCCAGCCGGGUAACUGACACUACUGAUGACUUGCUGCUGUUGCAAACUUUCAGCUAUUUUAAUGCAUUAAAAUCCAGGAUCCUAAAUAAGCAGCUCCCCCAACCCGCUCCCCCUUCUAGGUAGGCGAGAGAGAUUUUUAUUCUGUGGACUAGCAAACUUCCUGCAUGGAAAUUUACUGACUUGAGUGGUCUCCGUUUUGGGCUAAGGGGAAGGGAAGGAUUUUUUUUUUCAUCGCACUUUAAUUUUGUUUCUCUGGAUCACAGGAUUUUUGAAGCUAUAUGGAGGGAUCUCAGGAUGGUUUGCAACAGGAAAACCAAAACUUUAGUGUCCACUUGUGUGAUCUUGAGUGGAAUGACUAACAUCAUCUGCCUGCUCUACGUGGGCUGGGUCACCAACUACAUUGCCAGUGUCUAUGUGAAAGUGCAAGAGCCGAUCUCAGAGAAAAAGUUAGAGGAAGACAAAGGGGACACUUUAAGGAUUAUAGAAAGGCUGGAUCACUUGGAAAAUGUCAUCAAGCAGCACAUACAAGAAGCUCCACCAAAGCUGGAAGAAAAUCCUGCAGAAGCUUUCACUGACUCAUCCCUCUUCGCUCACUGGGGCCAGGACCUCAGUCCUGAAAACAGACGCAUUGCCCUUAAACAAUUCCAGUAUUAUGGCUACAAUGCUUACUUGAGUGAUCGCCUACCAUUGGAUAGGCCACUACCUGACCUGAGGCCCAAUGGGUGCAGAAACCUCACAUUUCCCAACAGCCUUCCUGAGGUCAGCAUUGUUUUCAUAUUUGUUAACGAAGCCCUCUCAGUGAUUCUGCGCUCCAUUCAUUCUGCUAUUGACCGGACUCCUCAUCACCUGCUCAAAGAAAUUAUCUUAGUGGAUGAUAACAGUAAUAAUGAAGAACUCAAGGAGAAACUAAAGGAGUAUGUUGACGAGGUGAAUAUGCGGAAGCCUGGAUUCAUCAAGGUGGUCCGACACAGCAAGCAAGAGGGGCUGAUCCGGUCUCGAGUUAGCGGAUGGAGAGCAGCCACAGCACCAGUCGUUGCGCUCUUUGAUGCUCAUGUGGAAUUCAGCGUGGGAUGGGCUGAACCAGUGCUCACGAGGAUAAAGGAAAACAGAAAAAGGGUCAUUUCUCCAUCAUUUGAUAACAUCAAAUAUGAUAAUUUUGAAAUAGAGGAAUACCCCCUAUCUGCGCAGGGAUUUGACUGGGAACUGUGGUGUCGAUAUCUGAAUCCUCCAAAAUCAUGGUGGAAGCUGGAAAACUCAACUGCUCCGAUAAGAAGCCCUGCACUGAUUGGAUGCUUCAUAGUAGACAGGGAGUACUUCCAAGAGAUUGGCUUACUAGAUGAAGGCAUGGAGGUCUAUGGAGGAGAGAACGUGGAGCUUGGGAUCAGGGUAUGGCAAUGUGGAGGUACUGUUGAGGUGCUGCCUUGCUCCAGGAUUGCCCAUAUUGAAAGAGCCCAUAAGCCGUACACAGAAGACCUCACUGCUCAUGUCCGAAGGAAUGCUCUAAGAGUGGCCGAAGUCUGGAUGGAUGAAUUUAAAAGCCAUGUUUACAUGGCAUGGAAUAUACCCCAAGAGGAUUCUGGAAUUGACAUUGGUGAUAUUUCUGAGAGGAAGGCCCUGAGGAAAAAACUGCAGUGCAAGACCUUUAGGUGGUAUCUCGUCAGUGUGUAUCCAGAAAUGAGAAUGUACUCAGACACGAUCGCCUAUGGGGUGCUGCAGAAUUCCCUGAAAAGUGAUUUGUGCCUUGAUCAGGGGCCAGACACAGAAAAUAUUCCAAUCAUGUAUAUCUGCCAUGGAAUGACACCACAGGACCCUAUGCAUUUCAAAGUGCACCGAUAUGCUGACUAGAGAGCUUCUUAUAGCUGAUUACCACAAGGCCAGUGCAUGUAUCCUACAAGGAGAAGAGUCACAGUAAAAUAAAUAAAUAAAAAAAAUGUGCAUAAGCACACUCCAGAAAAAUCAUUAUAGGGUAAUAGCAUAAGAUGCACCGGACCAAGAGAAGAAUUCAGGGCUUGUCAUGCAUUUCAGUACUUUGGUUUUCACAGAGCAUUCAUAUAUUUGAUAGAUUUAAUAGCAAAUAAGUCAGGGGUAGAAUGCAUUUUAAUAAAGGAUGUGUUUGUGGACUUAAAUAGAACCCUUAGAAAUAUGUAUGAGGAUGAAUUCAUAUGAUCAUAAAAAACAAGUUAAAAAUGGAAAAGACCCAUUAGGUCAUUAGGCCAUCUGCUUGACAAUUCAGGAUUUUUCCCUAAGCUACUAGUAUUUGUUCCUAUAUUUUCUCCAUUCUAGUUUUAAAUAUUCCAGGCUAAAGAGCUUCCUCUAUUUCCCUCGGGGGACUAUUCUACAGCCUGUCAGGAAGUUUUCCCUGAUAUGCAGCCUAAAUUUUUCCUUUCUUCUCAUUACUUCUAGCUAUAGCCUCUUUUUCCAUCAUGAAUAAUUUCUUGCUCUGUGCUAACCCCUUUCAAAUCUUUGAAGACUCUGAUCUAGUUCCCCUUUUACUCAUCACUUAGUCAAGCUAUUUGACACCAGCUCUUGAAAUUGCAUAGCUGUGGAAUGUGUAAAUGGCUACUCUUUUCUUUUAGCAUGAUUCACACACAUGGGAUGAUUACACUCUUUGAAAAGGGAAUUGUGAAGUUAAAAUAUAAGAGUGCAUAGCACUGUUUUGUGGCCAGUGGCAAGUAUGUCAAACAUCCCUUUGUAAUUAAUAAUGCUUUCAAAAGUGCCAAAGAACUGCUCUCAGACUGCAUAAUGGAAUAACCAGAGAUUGUUCUCACUGCACAAAACAACAGCUGUUUUUAAGAGGCAUUAGAAUUAAUAAUGAGUGAGCCUAAAAUGUUUGAGGUUAACCAAACUUUCACCAACUCCCUUCACAUGAUUGCUGUACUACUUAUAAAGAAUUAAUAUGUAUUAUUAGCCCUUCCAUACAAGAAUCUCAGAGUACGUGAAUGAAUGAAUAAAUAUGCCUGUGAGUAUAUUAUUGUCACCAUUAUACAGAUAGGAAAACUGAGGCACAGUUUUUCUGUGGUCAUGCAGUGAGGCAGUGGUGGAAUGGAGAAUAGAAUUCAGAGAAUCUUGACUCUUAGUCCCCUGUUCUGUCCACUAACAAGAGCUACCAGGCCAACAUGACCAUCUCCACCCAAUUUCUACUACGUGUGACCCAUAUCUUGUCUUCUGUUAUUCAGCCUUUGCAACUGGCCAAUUUGUCAUUUGUCCCAGCCUCUAGCUCUCUCCAUCCCACCAGGACUCCUAGUCUUUGCUUCCUGUCUUUAUUUUCAGCUUAGUAUUUUGAGGCCAAAUUCUCUGUUGGUGUAAAUUGCUAUAGCUCCAUUAAGUUCAACAGAACUGCACUAAUUUGCAGCAGCAGAGAAUUUGGCUCAUAAUUGUUUUUUAAAAUAGAAACAAUGGAGAAAAGGAGAAAAAAUGCACACUUACAUAUGCAGAGCAGGAUAUGUUACAAUGAAGAAAGGUGAAAAUUGGCUUUUUACGUACAUAUGUGAUUUAAAUGCACAUGUUUAAAGUUGUCAUAAACUUUGCGAGUGGGUAUGGGAGUUGGUGUGUACUUUAUACAACACAAAAUACUCAGUAACUUCUCAUUCUUUUCAAUCAAUGUAAUUAUUCAUUGGACUCCAGAUGAAAAUGUUCCUUUCUGUUAUGUUUGGAAGCAUAAAUCCUACCCAGUUUGUUCUUCCUAACAAUGGAAUGUAUCCAGAGGCAAAGAGUUUUUUCAGCUUUGUAAAAUAAUUUUGUGGCUAUUAUCCAAGUAUCUAUAAAUAUUUAUGUUCCCACCAAUUUGCUCCUUUGAAUAUUAAUAAAGGCAUAGUCCUAGUUGGACUCCUCCAACUGUACAUUCAUUUUUUCUACACCAUGGGGCUUCAUAAGUUCCCAGAAUGUGGGAUGAAGU